AUGGCGAAUGCGAAUGCGAAACUCAAUUCUCUAUUUGGCAAGAAGAAGAAGAAAAAAUCAACAACUGUCAAUGCAAAUGUAAUUGUUAAGACCAGUGCACAGAAUAUUGAACGUGCUGCUAUUGCCGCUGCAGCAGCAGCAACACCAGAGAUACCUGCAUCCACAUCACAGACGACAUUGGCGUCUACUGCUUCAGCGUCUGGUAAAAAGCUAUCGGAUUUGUCGUUAAACAAGGAAAAUGAGUCGGAAAAGACGGCUUUUCAAUGGGCAAAACAGCCUAAAAAGUACAAAAAUUCGGACGAAAAGGAAUCAGUUGCUACGACAUGGGCUGAACAGGAACAACGGAACCGGUCGAACCGUCGUAUCCAAUUGGAUAAUGAACGUGCAUUCCCGUCACUUGGUGUGGAUGCAGCUAAAGCUCAGUUGCAGAGUAUGAAGGCACCCAAUGCCAAGGCAGUUGAGACCAAGAAUGCUUGGGCGUCGCUACACGACGAUGAAGACGAGGAAUAG